AUGAGAUAUUUUGUGUUCGUAGUUGGAAAGUAUCCAUUUCGAUCAUUGCACUUUAAUUCAACAAAGAUAUUGAAAAAGAUCAAGAGUAAACUUUUAGAACAAUGCAAACAAUUAAAAAAAGUUAUUUUCAACAGUGCUGAUGUUGAUACUUUGGAUGAGAAUCCAACAUGUGAUAAUUUUUAUGAAUUUAGAGUUUUAGAUUUAAAUUGGUGCGAAAAUUCACCACCAUGCUCAGACGAUGACGAAUUAGAAUUGAUGUUAGGUGAAGAUCAACAACACUGUUUAUUUGAAUAUUCUUUUGAAUUUUUAUCAAGAUAUCCAAAUGCAAAGAAAAUAUCAACAUCAGCACCUACUUGCGACAUGGAUAUGCAUUUACAGUAUUUGGAUGGUAUUUUAAUAAAUUGUUAUAGUACAGUAGAAGCUAUUAAAUUUGACCACCAAACACCCCACAAUUUCGUUAGAAAAGUAAUAAAUUCAAAAUCAUCAGCAAUCAAAUCAUUUACUGUUAGAUUGGCCGAUUGGGAUACAAGUAAAUUGGAUGCAAAUUUAUUUAGAAAAUCAGAAAUUUCAAAAAAUAAUAUAUUAAAGGUGUUAAAAUUAAGACAUUGUGUAGAUACUAGCGUUUCGGUUGGUAACCAAGAGCCAACCGAAUUUUUAGAAACAUUAAUAGGUAAUCAAACUUUAGAAACAUUGGGUUUAGAAUUAUUCAAAGUAAGCAACUCGGAAAAACUAUCACCACUCAUCCAAGUACCAAAUAUUAAAUCAUUAAUAUGCAAUUUCGAAUCUUUUGAAGCCUCUCUUUUACAUUGA